UGAUAGCUUAAAGCCCGAGUUGUUGGAGAUAAAUGGAAAAACAUCGAUUGAUGCCAGAGUUUUUCACAUUUGAUAUCAUUAUUUAGUGCACGUAUCAAUUUAUAUAUUGAAUUCAUGUAAUAUUCGCUAUUAUUAGCUAUUUGAACAAGGACUAAAAUUGAAUAGAGCGUGGCGGAGAUGUUUAGUUACCCACAACAAAUUUUGAUUACAGUAUUUCUAUAAUUUUAAUAUAAUAUAAUUUAUAUUAAUUUAAUAUUAAUAUAAUUGAAAAUAUAAAGUACCAGAAUUAUUCAGAAGUGAUAUGUUAGGCGUGACGCUAGCCACUCGACCACGGGAGCAACAAUUUUGGCUGGAUUCUUGAAUACAAAUCGUCAAUACUGCUUGUUCGCGACGAACGCGACCCGAGCUAUAAAACGAGCGAAGAAGAGGAGAAGAAAGGAUGAUGCAAUCGCAUGCACACAUAGCAUAUGUAGUGCAGUGUAAGUGUAGCUUUGAGUUUUUUCCUUCAUUCAGUUUGUGAUAACAUCGAGAAAUUAAUGGUGUGUUUUAGCCGCUGAAAUUUCUCUGCUGGUUCUGCUGUGUGCCGCUGAAGGUUGCAUCUAAAACUAAUUUUUGGGUAUUCGGUCAAGUACCGUCGUGCGGGGCUACUUUGAAAAAUUUAGAAAAUUAAAAAACCUCGAAACGUCGAGCGGUAGUGAUUUGAAGCUCCAGAAAAAUUGUUUCCGUAUACAUUGUUCUUACAAUUUUAAAUACUGGUACAAGAAUGGUGAGGAACUAUCGGAAGGAUAAUAAUGCUCGGAAAUAUACUGUAGUUUCCACUGCAGAUUCAAUGCAGUGCCUUGAAAAAGUCAAAUCCGGAGAAAUGUCCCACGCAGAAACCGCUAGGCAACUUCAUUGCAGCCGACAAACAAUAUACAACAAGCUAUGCGAAUCGCACCAGAAACAGCCCGGACAUCAGAAAGUUUUUACUGAGGCGGAAGAAUUAUCGUUUUCAGACCAUCUCAGCUGCUUAUCCGAGUGGGGCUUCCCCGUUGGAACCGAUGAUCUGCGGAAAAUAGUUCGAAUUUAUUUGACGAAGCAGGAAGAAAAGUGCCACUUUUGUAAAUUACACACUUCAUGAGACUGGGUGGCACGAUUCCUACGCGAUCACCAGCAACUAAGCAAACGUUUUGCACAAAAUAUUAAGUUAAAACGCGCAGCAAUAACACGAGAAACAAUCGCAGAGUACAUGGCCAACUUAAAGGAAUCUCUGGAAGGUGUUCCGGCUUCCAAUAUUUUUAAUUACGACGAGACGAAUUUGUCAGAUGAUCCGGGUAAGAAGCUUGCUAUCUGUAAGCGUGGCUUAAAGUAUUUUGAAAACGUGAGGAACUUCAGUAAAUCUGCUACUUCCGUUAUGUUUUGCGGAAGUGCAACUGGAGAACUGUUGCCACCAUACGUGGUGUUCAAGGCAGAACAUUUAUGGGAUUCUUGGACACUUAAUGGCCCUCGAGGAACACGCUACAAUCGAAGUGCUUCUGGCUGGUUCGACGAAAGAAUUUUCGAGGACUGGUUCAAGACACUUUUUCUUUCAGCUAUAAGGCAUUUGAACGGACCAAUUGCGCUGAUCGGAGACAACCUCUCAUCUCAUUUGAAUCCAACAGUUAUUGAAAUUUGCCGUCAAAAAUAUAUUAAAUUUAUCUGCUUGCCACCUAAUGCAACUCAUCUGACACAACCGCUCAACGUAGCAUUUUUCUCUCCAAUGAAGCGUGAAUGGCGGAAAAUUUUAGGACGGUGGCGUGCCUCUUGUGAGGGUUUUAAGAACGCAACUAUUCCCAAAGGUCGCCUCGGAAGCCUUAUCAGUAAACUUUUGAAGGCACUAGCACCACACACUAGACGUAUUCUAAUAUCGGGCUACCGGAAAUGCGGUAUCGUACCAUGGAAUCCCCACGAACUCAUUAACCAGCUGCCAUCUGAUAGCUUAAAGCCCGAGUUGUUGGAGAUAAAUGAGUAACAAUUUCUAAAGGAACAUCGUAACGACGUGAUCGGCUGUCCAGUUGGGCCUCAACCGAAGAAAAAAAGACGGGUGGGUAAUGUCGGGGACAUAACCGGAGUGAC